ACCCAUUGACUGACCGCUAAAUUGGACUUAAAUUGUGAAUGAGUUUUAUGAAUGAAAUCUGCAUUCAGUUUACGUUACGAUAAACACGUGGUGUUUGUGUCCAGCGUUUAGUUGACGUAAACUUUUCACACAUUUAUGACUUGUUUUGGAUUUUUGUUUGUAUUUUGAAUUUCAAAAUUUGAAACUCAAAUAAAAACACAUUUAAAGCCACUGUUUGUCUCCUAAACGUUGGGAUCAAUUGCGGUGAUAAUGUCCGAAGAAGUGAAGUUAUUACAGCCGUUUCAGUACAUCAACCAAUUUCUGAAGAAUAAUAUCCGAAGCGAUGGCCGAAAGUUUGAUGACUUCCGACCCGUUCUUCUCAAUUGUGAUAGCGUGGGAACCGCUGACGGGUCGGCAAUGAUUAGGUUCGGCAACAGCGCCGUCAUCGCCGGUAUAACUGCCGCAGUUAUUGAACCAAAAGUCGAGACACCUGAUGAGGGAUACGUUGAGAUCAGUGUCCGACUGCCGGCCCUCUGUUCCGCCAAAUACUGUAUGACUGACUCGACUAAUGAUGCGCUGGUUUUGACGCAAACCCUAAAAGAUGUCUUAAAACAGAGUAAACUCAUUGAUGUCAAGAAGUUAUGCAUUUUAGAGGCUAAGUUUGCCUGGAGUUUGAACAUUGAGUUGAUUUGUCUGAAUAACGCCGGAAACCUCGUAGACCUCUGUGUGUCAGCCAUUGUGGCGGCCCUUCAGUCAUGUACACUCAAGAAAGUGACGGUCAGUGAAGACAAUAAGGCGAUAUCAUACGAUAAACAUAAGGAACCGCUGGAAGUGAUCUCAUAUCCCAUUUCAACCACUUUUGCUGUCAUUAAUGGUAUUUUAUUAUCUGAUCCCACGAUAGAUGAGGAGAGUUUAGCCGAUUCUGUGGUGAAUAUAGUGGUGAACGCCGACACCGAUGUCAUCCAUCGCAUCCAUACGACCGGUUCGGCCAAACUUGACAUCAAUGCGUUCGAGAAGUGCUUCAAAAUCGCUAAAAAUCGGUCCAAAAUCAUGAAGAAAUUAAUUCUAGAGAUUUGUCACUCAAACAAAUAAAACAAUAAAUAAUUUCAUAAUUUC